UUCAUUAGAUCCAUAGCGUAUUUAAUAAGACGGUAGAAGUUUGGUCAUAAGAGCAAUUAGGGUUCUAUAGCCCGAUUCAGAUUCAGAUGGAUUUGAUGGAGAAAAACUUGGAGUUAGUGGAGGUACAGAAACUGGAAGGCCACACCGACCGAGUUUGGAACGUAGCCUGGAACCCUGUCUCUUCUUCUCUUCUAGCUUCUUGCAGUGGUGACAACACCGUUAGAAUCUGGCAACAGUCCCCUCUCUCUCGCUCCUGGUCUUGCAAGGCGGUUUUAGAAGAAACGCACACAAGAACUGUGAGGUCGUGUUCUUGGUCACCUUCUGGGAAGUUAUUGGCCACUGCAAGCUUUGAUGGUACCACUGGUAUUUGGGAAGACUUUGGGGAUGAGUUUGAGUGUAUUUCCACAUUAGAGGGACAUGAAAACGAAGUCAAGAGUGUAUCAUGGAAUGCAUCUGGUUCGUACCUUGCAACAUGUAGCAGAGACAAAUCUGUGUGGAUUUGGGAAGUUCUAGGAGGGAAUGAAUAUGAUUGUGCUGCAGUCUUGAAUGGCCAUACACAAGAUGUGAAGAUGGUUCAGUGGCAUCCCACCAUGGAUGUUUUGUUUUCUUGCAGUUAUGAUAACACCAUCAAGGUUUGGUGGGCUGAAGAUGACGAUGGUGAUUAUCAAUGUGUCCAGACCUUAAAUGAAUCUAGCAAUGGUCACUCCUCUACUGUCUGGGCCAUCUCGUUUAACGCUACUGGGGACAAGAUGGUCACCUGUAGUGAUGAUCUAACCUUGAAGAUAUGGACCGCAGAUAUUUCCAUGAUGCACUCUGGUGAAGGAUAUGCACCGUGGACUCAUCUUUGUACACUUUCUGGUUAUCAUGACCGUACCAUAUUCUCAAGUCACUGGUCAAGCGAUGACAUUAUUGCCAGUGGAGCUGGUGAUGAUGCCAUAGGGUUGUUUGUGGACAGCGAACAUGACUCUGUUAAUGGACCUUCGUAUAAUCUUUUACUCAAGAAGGAAAAAGCACAUGAAAUGGAUAUAAACUCUGUUCAAUGGUCACCCAGUAAGGAGAACAGGUUGCUUGCCUCGGCCAGUGAUGAUGGAAUGGUGAAGAUUUGGCAGCUGGAAACUAAACCGUGAAUGGUAUUUGUUUUGGUUAGGUUUUGAAACUUCUUUGAUGUUUAUUUUUCUUGAGAUAUAAUAUUAUGUAACAAUAUAAUAUCAUAGCAACAAGAGAACUUUCUUUUCUUUUGAACAACAAGGAAACUCUAAACUUCA